AUGAAGGUUGGCACGCCGGACGCGGAAACGCUGGGCCUCGUGCGAGAGCUUCUCUCUCAUGCCUCCGACAGUGCCCCUAAAAAAACAGCAGUUCGGUCAAGCGACAACGCCCUCCUGAGGUGCGAAGUGCCCCUGAGCAAGAGGAAGGAGCAGCGGACCUGCCUUGACCGCUCACCAGCAUCAGAAGUGCCGAUAGAAUUGCGAAAACAUGCCAAACACACUGCCUCGCGCAGUUUCCACCCAACAGUGCCCCGUGGACCCUCACUCCAUACUGAGCGACUUGCGCGUCUUCGUGGGCAAUGCGUCUCUACUGCAACGAUGCAACGCUCAGAAGGAGAAAUAGGCAGGGGUAAGGCGUGCCGCUGCUCUCAAGAUCACGACGGAGUCACAAAGGCCAUCACCGUGGCAUUUCAGCUCUCUUCGAGGCCCGAAGGUCAGUGCAGGUGCGAGCGCGAAUCGAGCUCUGGUACUGGUACGGCUACUCCUCUUGAGACCCAGAGUGAGGUGUUCUCGCCGUCCGCGGUACUACAGGGUGUGUUGUGCGCGCAUACAAAGGGUAUUAGCCUUUCCUCGGCGACGGCUGUGCGUAUGGAAACCCUUCAGCAAAGAGAGGAGCUGUUGCUCCUUCGACGCUCCUUCACAAUGUGGCUGACUGCCGCGAGCCAGAGAUACAUUCAGCAGUGUGCCGCUUCGUAUCACUGCUUCCUGAUGCAGUGCAUCAACGAUACCAUAGGAGACACCACAUCGAGAGUAAAGAGAGAGGUGGAUGCAUAA